CACAAAGGUCACCAUGACAAUCCGAUCGACCCCCGCCGCCACAAUUUCCUCCAUAACCAACGAGGAUAUCAAAUCCGCCAUAGAUGCAGCAAUCAACAUCUUAGGCCCCUCCCUCCGUGCCCUAAACCACCAAAUCUACUCGAACCCCGAAACAGCAUACACGGAAUACUUCGCCCACGACACUAUCUGCACCUUCCUUGAAUCCCUCAACUCCCCCACCAACCCCAUUUCAACCAUCUUCCCAGAGAUAAAAAUAACGCGUCACGCCUACAACCUAGAAACCUCGUUCGAAGCCAUCGCCGGUACCGGCGGGCGUAUGGUGAAUUUCAACGCGGAAUACGAUGCACUACCGGGAAUUGGACAUGCGUGCGGACACAAUUUAAUUACCACUAGUAGCGUGGCUGGGUUUCUGGGACUUGCCGCGCUAGUUAAGAAGUUCGGGGGCGAGGGUCGUGUGCAGUUGUUAGGGACGCCGGCGGAGGAGAAUGGGGGUGGGAAGGCGAGGUUGGUGGAGGAGGGUGCGUAUAAGCAUGUUGAUGUUUCGUUGAUGGCUCAUCCCGGCCCAAAAGACCUCUACCCAGGCAUAACAUCAGAUGGAAUAGCAGGCCCCCUGAUGAACGCCCGCAAAGAACUGCAUGUAACAUACACAGGCGUCACCGCGCACGCCGGUGGAAACCCCUGGGACGGGGUCAACGCUCUCGACGCGCUGGUUUGCGCUUACAACAACGUGUCUGUGCUGCGGCAGCAGAUUAAGCCCGAUGAACGCAUACAUUGUGCAUUUUUGGAGACACCGAGUACGGCAAACGUGGUUCCUGGACGGACGAGGGCUUACUGGCAGGUUAGGAGUCCUAGUUUGAGGGGAUUGGAGGGGCUUAUGAGGAGGGUUAGGGGGUGUGUUGAGGCGGGGGCGGGGGCUACGGGGUGCGAGGUUGAGAUUGUUGAAAAAGAACUCUAUGCCGACAUAAAAAACAAUUCCCCCCUCUGCACCCUCUACAAAACCCACAUGACAUCCUACAACCGCUCCAUACUGCACUCACACCCCUCAAACAAAGUCCUAACUGGCUCCUCUGACAUCGGGAACGUAAGCUACGUCGUGCCGACGCUGCACGCCAUGUUCGCGAUUCCGGCGGACGAGGGCGUGUUUAUGCAUCAUCCGAGGUUUGCAGAGGCGGCGGGGACGGAGGGCGCGUUUGGGGAGGCGGUUGUUGUGGGGAGGGUGCUUGGGUUGGUGGGGUGGGGGGUUUUGGUUGAUGGGGAGGUGUUUGGGGGUGUUAAGAGGGAGUGGGAGAAGGUGGUGAGGGAGUGAGGAUGGGUGUUGAAGAGAAGUUGUAAAUGUGCUGGAUUGGGAAUACUAGAUAGUAUGCAAUGGAUAUAUUGGAACACUAAGUUAGAGC